AUGGGUGUUAUAGAGAUACCCCCGCAAUUGGCUGGCUUUCAUGUGGCAGGCCUAAUUGACCAGGAUAGUGGUUCACGGGAUAUAUCUAUUUUAUCUGACAUUUUUAUUCCUGUGGAUAUUUCAAGGAUUUUGAAAGUUCACACUUCACCAGAUUAUGACGAUUCUUGCUAUAGAACCAUUGUUGGAAAUUUUGCUGGCAAUAUCGGCUCCUUUGAUAAGUGGAAUAAGUUGUGGAGCCUAAAAUUCCUCCAAAAAUGGAAAACUUUCCUAUGGAGAGAUUUGAGUGAUAUCCUCCCUACCACUAAGAAUUUGAUUAUAAAGAGAGUGGAAGUUGAUCCAUUGUGUAGCAUGUGUGGCAUCAAUCAAGAAGACACUAUGCAUGCAUUGGUGUUGUGUGGCUUUGCUAGCUCCGUUUGGCGCAAAUCUAGCCUCCCAAUCCCCAACAUCUUGACAAAUGUUUUUCGCACUUGGUUUGAAGAAGUUUUGGAUAUUCUAGACUCUAAUCAAAUGAUUUCUACAACUGCAAUUUUAUACAAUAUUUGGAGAGCACGGAACGGGAUAGUGUGGGAGCACUUUUUGCCGACGCCGAAAAGAUUGGUGGUUUCGUCCCCUGCUACCAGGCAUGCCUGGUGCAGCGUCCAGCCGAACACCAGCCGAUUGCCUCUCACUGCUACGGCCUCGCCGUCACCUGCUGCGGUCCCCGUUCGACAGUGUUGGUUCGACGCCGGCUACCAACCCACGAUGAAGUGUGCCACAGUCGACGCUGUACUACUCGGCGACGAUGGGGGCUUCAUCUCGGCCUUCAACCGCCGGCUACCGUACUGCUUUUCUCCACUAAUGGCCGAGGCGCUAGCAUGCAAAGAAGCUUUAUCCUGGCUAAGGGGGAGAGGAAAACACAAGGUGGAGCUCCACACAAACUGCCUGACUCUACAACAGUACUUGUCCACCAACACAGGGCCUCUCCGUUCUUACGUUGGCUUUGUUAUUGAUGGAUGCAGAACUUUUAGUGCCUCUUUUGCCUAUUGCUCUUUAAAGUUUGUUCCUAGAUCAGCUAAUUUAAUAGCUCAUACUCUUGCAUCUUUAACUUUUGCUCAGUCUAUUGCCAUGUACUGGGAUGCUAUCCCACCUGACUCUAUUGCUGGUUAUCUUUAA